AUGAUGAUGGCGUUGCAGUCGCGAGGUGAUGAUGGUGAUGAUAAUGGUGACGAUAUAGAAGAUAGAGAGAUGGUGAUCGAUGAUGAUGGUGGAGGGAUGAUGGUGGUACCAGAGCACCAGGUUGAUUGGGCGACGGAGAUGACAGGAGGAUCGAAAUUCGAGGUUUCAAAAUUUGAUGGUCAUGGCUAUUUCAGAUUAUGGCAGACGAGAGUAAAAGAUUUAUUGGCGCAACAAGGAAUUCAGAAAGGGAUGCGCGCAGAAAAUCCUAAGGGGAUGGAAGACGAUGAUUGGCAAGAUCUGCAGGAACGGGCGGCCGGGACGAUUCGGCUGUGCCUUGCAGAUGAAGUUAUGUAUCACGGUAACCAGGAUCUUGGAAGAAGACAGGGGCGGGAUAAUUCAGGAAAUCGGAAUUUCAGAUCCAAGUCGCGAGACAAAUCGCAGGGGAGGAAAACUGUGACGUGUUAUAAGUGCAAGAAAAAAGGGCACUUCAAAAGGGAUUACCCAAACUAG